UUCGCAAACAACACUCCCGUCACGAGAAGGUAGUGAGUAGGACUUCCUUGGCAGUGGUUGUAUGCACGUGGCUAAGCUAGAGCAUUUCGAGAGAGAGAGUUGAGUUUCUCCACCCUCGACCGUACCAGGGCAUUUGGGAGCUUUACCAUGAUUUCACUGACUGUGUAUAUUUCUUAACACUGAUUACCCUAGCACCAUAUUACGGUUAUAGAAAACUUUUUUUGAUUUUCUUAAUUUGAAUUCGUUCUCAGACAGAGUAUUAUACCUGGCUCUCAGAAUACUUAUGGAAUAUUUUACUCUCCUACAUCUAUAGUGAACGUGUUCAGUUAACGACUAUUUAGAAUGGUAAGGUUUCAAAAAGAUGUAUGUAUAUAUUUGACAUCACGAAGUCUCUAAUAAACAGGAGUACAACCUUAGUACUUGUAGAUCAGCAGUUGUUGGAUAAGUAGUUAAUGAUCGAUGGCAGCACUAUAACUGAUCUAAAACUAAACUAAUAUUUUAUACUUUGUGUACUUCUCUGACUAUCUAGUUCAGGUAAACUCCUUGUGUUUGUUUUUCUUUUAUAUUAUUACAGCGAAAAUUAAAGAGUUGAAAUACAUCAUGCAUUUUAAUUACAUUUACUUGAAACAGAAAUCUAAACUCCCCGUAAACACCUAAAUUCUAAUAGACACGUUUUGAGUUCUAGGAACACUUCAUAUAUAUAGUCACGUUCACUGAUAAAUUACACGGGAUGUCAUAUUCAUUAAAUGGAAACUUUUCGAUAGAUUGUUUGAAUAAAUUAUUCGUUUUGUUGUUUGUCUGUAAAGAAAAAUGUCAUGUUAGUUUUUAGUACAAAGAUGUCGUUUCUAUUAUUUGAUAUGUUUAUCUACCUUUUUCAAUUAAGUCAGUAUGAGACAGUUUAAUGGUUACAACUUGUUAUCUAAAACUGAGUGCAGAUAAGUACCAGAUUAAUCAAUAAUUGUGAAUCCAAUUCCGAUAAAGCUCAAUUAUUUCUGCGACUAAAUAUUUCAGAGUGAAAUUGGAAACCAGUGUUCACAAGCGAAAUUGUCUGAUUCAUAUUGACCAAAAGUCAAUGUAAACAAAUAACAUUGUUUUGUUUUAGGUAUGUAAUUUAUAUGAAUUUGCUUGUAGAGAAAUUGAAUAUAAUGAGCGUAAUUAUUUUCGAGAAUAAAGAAUAACCUAUCUAAUCUUUUCAUAUUAGUCUUGUGCUGUGCAUUAUUUGACUACUCUUAUAUUCUGACUCUGAAAAUCAAAGCUAAUUGUUGUCACUGUUGCUUGAUAAAGACUACAAAUCGCGAAUAUCAGGGAAACCUGCUAAUAAUAAGUUGCGCAUUCAUCUUGGGAAUUACUUGUCCAAUAAAAAACAAUGCAGGGUGUGAUAGACUCCUCAUAAAGUUGAUUUUUCUUUCUACACUGUAAUUUUCUAAAGUUGAUUGUCGACAUAUUCAAAUAUGUUUAGAAACCGGCUGAUCUCAAUGCUCUUGUAAGUCAUCCUUAAGAAUAUGAGAUUUAGUAGCCAUCUACCGUCUGUAUUUUUGCAGUUGGACUAGAUUCUCUUUUACUGGUCAACUCAUUCCCUACUUUGGUAAUUAUCUCAUGCUAUAAGGGUGGUUAUUGAGUACGUAAGUAGUGUUUUCAGUAUCUUUACGCACAUGUAAUUGUUUUGUGUAUGGUUUGACAUCAGUGUUAUCAGGAUUUAGGAAAUGUGUCACGUAUAUAAUCCAUAACUAUGUAUUGCAUGCAUCUGUUACACUUCACGUGUUUCGGAUGAUUCGUUUAUAACACUUUCAUCUAUCACACACUCAAUCAACUUGUUUUGUUGUUGUAGUUUCUUUGUAUUUCCGUCGACGUAUGAGUGCGGGUGAUCGUCACCAACUGACUGGGUUUUUCAAUCCUGAAUCUUAUGGACUUCGGAGUGACUUUCGUCUAACUAAAUUUUCAUUCCUGAGAGGAUGAGGUUGUAAAGUGCCUCAAGCUGAACUGAAAAAAUUGCUCGAGGCACUGAAUCAACCUCAACCAUGUUCACUUUCAAGUAAUAAACCGUUACUGGCAUUGGAACUCGACUGUUGUGUUAUUCCUAUUCGAAAUAACUUGAAACUUAUCCAAACAACCGACUUCUUUUAUCCUCUGAUUGAUGACCCUUACACUAUGGUUAGUUAAAUGUCGUUUUUAGGCUAAAAAGACAGGGUCGAAUUACGUGCUGUAAUGUACUGAGUGAUUUGUAUGCAAUGGGCGUAGUUGACUGUGAUAAUUUGCUUCUACUGUUGGGUGUUCCACGUGAAAUGACCCAAGAAGAACGCGAAAUAUCAAAUCGCUUAUUGAUGGAGGGUUUUAAGGAUUGUGCAUCAGAAGCUGGAACAUAUGUUCGUGGAGGACAAACUGUAUUGAGUCCAUGGUUGAUGAUUGGUGGCGUAGCAACUUCAGUUUGCAGCGACUCAGAAUAUAUUAUGCCGGAUCAAGCUGCAGUGGGUGACGUUUUAGUACUCACAAAACCUUUGGGCACCCAAGUAGCUGUUUCAGUCUACUACUGGAUGCUGGAGGACAGUCCAUCUUGGUCUGGAAAUCUAGCCAAUGUCAUCACGUCAGAUAAAGUAAAGAGUUUGUUUCAUUCCGCUACUCUCUCUAUGACUCAUUUAAAUCGAACAGCUGCUCGACUAAUGCACAAACAUCACGCUCAUGGGUGUACUGACGUAACAGGUUUCGGUCUUUUGGGUCAUGCAAAUAAUUUAGUCCAAGUUCAGGCAAACAAUCACUUAGCUUUCAGCAUUCAUACUUUGCCGUGUCUUGAAGGAAGUGCGUUAAUUUCCAGGGCAUUAAACGAUCGGUUAAAACUACUUCAAGGUUUUUCUCCAGAAACAUCAGGUGGUCUGUUGAUUGUUCUUCCUCGAGAAUCUGCCCAAUCUUUCUGUGAAGAGCUAACUGCUGAAAUUGGAUGUCCAUCAUGGAUAAUUGGUGAUGUAAUAGAAGCCGAUUCAAAAAGCGCUUUCCUUGUUCCACAACCAGAAGUCAUAGAUGUUCAACAUUCACAAAUCGUCCCACCAAAAUGUUCGACCAAUAGCCAGUAACUUUCCUUUCACGUUUUCAAAAACUGAAUCAAUCACUCUUCGACUGUAUGAUACUGAUGAUCGAAAAUGCUGCAUGAUCAUUCAGCUGAUGAUGUCUUAAAGUGAUUUGAUUCAAUCCAUUUCUGAAUAUUCAAAUGCUUAUAAUCAUGUAUUCAGAUAUUUUGCGACAUUCAAAAAAUAUUCACGUUCUAUCCUCAGGCUUUUUGUAAUGCAACAUUAAAACCUUUGAAAUAAAAUUCGUCUCUAUG